GUGAAGGACUUGAGAGAAAAUAAGAAAAGAGUUUGUGAAUAAUCUUUUGUCUUUCUCUUUCGUCUUCCUCGCUCUAACGCCGCCUUCUCACACUCUCAAAUUGGCUCAUCCAUUCCAAGCACGCUCCUUCGAUCUUCCUCUUGGUACGCUCGUUUCUAAUUAAACAUGUCUAAUUCAAAGGACGAGAAAUCACAAGAUGCAGCUGAUAGAAUCAAGGCUGCAACACUCACUGCUGCUAAAGGUCUAAGCCGUACACAAGCGGAGAGAGCAGCGGCUGCAGCAGCGAGAAACGUUAACGCUUAUGGCCAGAAAGAAGAAGGUCCGAGUAGAUGGCAGGAGAAAAGAGAAUUAAAGAGGCAGAUGUAUUUGAUGAGUACUGAGAAAGCUGUCAGGCUUGGUGAAAGGAAAGAUAAAACAAUGUCAGCUUCAGCCGUGGGAAGCAGUGCUUCGGCGGCUUCACAGUGUCAGAAAUGUUUCCAAGCUGGGCAUUGGACUUAUGAGUGUAAGAAUGAAAGGGUUUAUAUCUCGAGGCCUUCGAGAACUCAGCAGCUUAAGAAUCCUAAACUGAGAACGAAGCCUUCUGUUGAUGAUCUUGAUGGUAGUGAUGAUGAUGAUGAAGAAGAAAGGCCUGAUGCAACUAAUGGGAAAGCAGAAGUUGAGAAGCGAUCUAAGAAGAGUAAGCGAAAGCAUAGGUCAAAGUCUGAUUCUGAAAGUGAUAGUGAAGCCUCUGUGUUUGAAACAGAUAGUGAUGGCUCAUCUGGAGAGAGUAGUUCAGAAUACAGUUCAUCGUCGGACUCAGAGGACGAAAGGAGGAGGAGAAGAAAGGCCAAGAAGAGCAAGAAGAAGCAAAAGCAGAGGAAAGAAAGGCGAAGAAGGUACAGCUCUUCUUCAUCGGAGUCAUCUGAGUCAGAAUCAGCUUCGGACUCAGAUUCUGAUGAAGAUAGAAGCAGAAGAAAGAAGAAGAGCAAGAGGCACAGCAACAAGCGUCGUUGAAUUGGUUUUAGGAAAUCGAUAAGUGGAUGAAAAUUUUCAUGCCUUAGAAUCAUUUUAAGCUUCUUAAAGGAAACUCACUGCUAUGUUACUUCUUUUUCUUCAAGUUCGAUUUUUUCUUUUUGUCAGCCAUUUAUGGCUUUAUGUUGUAACAAACUGAUAAAUCUUUAGAAUCUCCUCAAGUUUUCAUAGCUCAAUAGCUCCUUGGAGAAUGUUGUAAACCUAAACGAAAUACCUUUGUGUUGUUAUGAUAGAGAGAUUUUAGUGACUGUUGGUUAUAGCAUGCAUAUAUUCGAAGGAUGGAG